CGAAUCAAUUAUUUCAAUCGGACGCCAUUUUACGCCGUAUGAGGAAAGAAACGAGCUCAUUCGUUUAAAGAAGCUGCAGACCAAGAUCGUAGAAUGGAGCAGGAGGCAGAGAUGCCAGAUGGUUCCCCAUGUGGUGCCAACACAGGAGAGGAGCCCGGUACCAGUGGUGACGGGGAAACGGAUCUGGAGAGCGCCAUGGUUAUGAUGAAAGCUGCCCUCGCCAAGAAACACAAGUCCUCACCAAGCGUUGUCAACAUGCUGGAUAAACUCAUGGAGACCAUGAAAGGUGGUGAUGACACAGAGGUGUGCUUGGUCGUCAGUAACCGUCGCAGUGGGAAGAGCUCUGUGAUUGGUCCAGACCUUACACGCAGGGGUUCAAGAAAGAGGCCAGCUAAAUUUUACAGUGAGGAAGGUGAUGAUGAUGAUAGCGAUGGCAGUGGUGCUGCUGCUCAUGUUGAUGAUGAUGAAGAUACUGAUUUUGUUGUCACACCAAAAGCACUGAGCAAACCCAGAAGGGAGGUUGAAGCCAAUGAGAUGCGGGACUGGAGAGGGAAGGUGGUCACUAUUACCCCACCCACCAAGGAACGGACUCUCAAACUCAACCUGGUUACAGAAGAAGAAAAUAGGAUCCAUGAAGACUUCUUUGGAAGUAGGCCGAAAUCAACAAAGACGGCUGAAAGAUACCUGAAGAUUCGAAACCAUAUCAUCUUGUUAUGGCAACAGAACAAACCAGAGAUGGUGACGAAGGCGAUGGCUCGUAAAGGCCUUCUAGAUUGUGGAGACGUCAACUGUAUCAGCCGUAUUCACACUUAUCUUGAGAAGUCUGGAGUUAUUAACUUCAAUGCAGAGGAGGCUUCUACUCCCAGAUCAGUGGUAAAAUCCAAGCGUCGUAAGAUUGUUGCCGACACUGACAGCGAUGGUGACCCGGAAGAAGACGCUGACGACACUCCAGACUAUCGGCCAAACAAAGAUGGUGACAUAUCUGAACAAGACAGAAAGACAAAGUCCAGAAGAAAAAAAAUGGUUCGUGAAUCCAUAAAGCAGUCGGUUGUUAGACAGUCGGCCAGACAAGUCACAAAACCAUCACAGGUAGCAAAAACAUCAAAAGCACAAACAAAAGCCAAAAACAAGCCGGCCAAUAAGGUGAAGGAAUUUGAAAAUCUGGGACCAGAUAUUGAGGAAGUAGGCAAGCCAACUGAUAUGACACCUGUUAGGUCUUCAGGUAGAACCAGAAGACAAACAAAAACACCAAACUGGGCCGAGAUUCUGAGUGGACGAAAAAGCUUCAGGAGAGAUGGAGCCACUUUGGGAAACAUAAAGAAAGAGGUUGAUUCUGAUAUUGAAGAACCAGCUGAAGAGAUUGAGGAUGAAGCAGAAGAUUCUGAUGAAUCAUUCAAUGCAGAAGUUUCUGACACUAAUGUGAAUACAGAUAUUGAAGAGCUCUCUAAUGAUACUGGUGAUAGUCUUGAUGAAGAAACACCUAAACAUGAAGUUAUAUUCAAACCAAUGAAGAAACAAACAAGUGUUAGUGAAACAAAUGCUGACAAAGGAGAUGAUUCACCAAUGAAAAUAGAUGGAACAGCUACUGAUGCUGCUGAAGGAGAUUCAGUUAUUGAAAAUGAACAACCCAUUAAGAUAAUUAAAGAGCAGUCAUCUGAUUGUAAUAUUGUGACUAUACCUCCACACAUUAAUUCGAGACCAGCAAUUCUGUUCCAGUGCAGGCCUUGUUUGAAGACAUUUCUUGAAGAAGCUCAUUUGACUAAACAUAUUAAUGAAAUGCAUAAGGCUAACCAAAAGGAAACACCGAUGCAAAUUGAGAAGACCAAGGGUUCAGAGGAGGAGGAGGAUGGUGAUUUGGAUGAUGAUUUUUCAGAAGAAAGAGUGGAUGAAAACAAUGGUGUUGAAAUGAAGGAUAAAAAUGAGGGGACCUUUACUAAAGAUCCUAAUGUUGUAAGUGAAGUUAAUCCUAAUGUUAAGAUAGAAACAUAUAAAAUUGUGAAAUUUAAGCCUCAGUCUUUCAGAGUUAAGACUCCAGUUCAGGAUAGAGUUGCAUUUGUCAAGAAGGGGAAGAAAGAAAAACAUGAGUGUGAAAAGUGUGGGACUGAAUUUCUUAGCGUAGUUAAUCUUAAGAGGCAUAUGCUAUUACACUCAAACAAAGUGUAUGAAUGCCCGCACUGUGCUAAAAUAAUGAAGAGGAUGGAUUACGUCAAUGCUCACAUAAAAAAAGUACACCCAGAUGUCGAUCUUACAAAGAACCCUGUUGAUUUUGAGAAAUACUCGCAUACUGUUGAUGAAAAUGAGGAUGAAAAAGAAACCAACGCCAAUGCUGAAGGUAGGAAAGAUAAGAUUCGAGUUAUCUCAGGCACUGGUAAGAAAGUUUGCCCAGACUGUUCAAACCUGUUUGAUACACAGGCUGAACUAGAGGAACACAUGAUUGUGGUCCACCAGAAGGAGCUGAAAGACUCUGCUUACACCUGUAGGGCCUGUCAAAAACAGUUCAAAACCCUCGUAAGCUUCCAGGUUCACAAGCUUAGUCAUAGAAAAAAGGACUUUGUGUGUGCGCACUGUGACCAGAAGUUUACCUCCAACACACAACUGCAGGUCCAUAAAAGGAAUGAUCAUGAAAUACGGCAUGGCACUUUGGCAUAUUUUGGAUACCUGAAGAAUAACGAUCGUAUAACGUGUGAGAUUUGUAGCUCGGAUUUUGACUCUUUUGAAGAGUACCUUCCUCACAGGCACGAUCAUCUGACAUUUGAAUACCUGUGUAGCAAAUGUGGCAAUGGCUUUAUGACACAGGAAAUGUUUGAUGGCCACCUGAAGUCUUACUGCAAAAAAGAACAACACCUCUUCUUCCCAUGCGGUGUGUGUAACAAGCGGUUUGGAGCUUACGAAGUCAGGCGAAAACAUUUGAUAUCCGCUCACCCGAAAGAAGGCACACAACACUAUUGCCACCAUUGUGCAAAGACAUUCAGCUCUGAUGAGGACUUGCAGCAACACAUUGUAGAACAUGUAGCAGAGAAAGUCUUCUUCUGUGAAUUCUGUGAGAAACUGUUCUUCGAGAAAAGGAUUUUAGUUGAUCAUAGAGACACUCAUAAAGCAAGCAAGAAUUUCCAGUGUAAGAUCUGUCUUAAGUUCUAUUACAGCUCCCGAAGUUUACAAAGACAUAUCAAGCUACAUCUGUAUCAGACUCAGAAAGCAUGCAAGAUAUGUGAACAGAAGUUCUCGACACAAGAUGACCUGAUCCGACACAUGACCCAGGACCAUGGGGAGGUGGAAUCUUACGAAGAUCGCGAGCUUCUUCCAUGUCCACACUGCACAGCCCAGUUCAAAACAGAGAACAAGCUUGAGAAACACAUCCUCAUGCAUAGCUUAGAGAAUUCCUCCAGUAAAUACAUGUGUUCACAUUGCGAUAAAGUUCUUGACAGUAAUGAGGUCCCUCUAGAUAAACAUAUGGAGAUGGAGCAUCCAUUGUUGAUGACACCGGAAUCGACUAAUGUUGGAUACCUUAAGAAGGACUUCAGAUGUCCGCACUGUGACUUUUUCGCCACAGUAAAACAGCGACUUGAUCGGCAUAUGGAGGUGCACAAUGUUGAAAAGAAAUUUGAAUGCAAGUAUUGCCUGAAGAAGUUCCAAACAACGAGCUCGCUCAUGACUCAUGUUAUUAUGCACAGGGGGAAAGUGAGAAAGAAUGCUAAACCAGAGCCAAUCUGUACAUGGCCAGGGUGUCACAAACAGUUCAUGAAGCAUUCGAUUUACAAGAGGCAUAUUGUCGCUCACAUCUACAAGAUCAAGAAUGGCAAAGAGGUCUGCUUCUGUAAGCAGUGUGAGUACAGUGGAAUUGAAGGGAAGAAGAUCAAUGUCGUCCUGCGCGACGGCGAGAUUGACAACGUGCAAGCUCUGGGUUUCCUAGAUCAGCAGAGUCGGUGUCAGAUAGUGGCUCAGGUUGGUAAAGGUUUGAUGGUAGAAGGAGAAGAUGGUUUACGCCAGGCAGUCACUGAUACUGAAGAGGAAAACCCAGCAAUGGAGGUCCUUCAAGAGGCGAUAGCUCAGAUAGAGGACAUCGAGAGGCAUAAUGGUCAACAGGAGCCCAGGGAAGAAGUCGUUGGUAAUGUGAUAGAGCAGGAGCAUGAAGAUGGGGUGGGUUCUACAACAACAACAGAAAUGUCAGGGUAUGCUCAAUCUGAUGAGAAAACUGUAGAAGCUGAACACAACCAGGGAGCUGAAGAACAAGUUACUGCUGGUACUCAAACCAUGCCUCAAGAUGAUGAUGAUGAACCUGCUGAUAUGAUUGUAAAUGCUGAGGAUGAUGGAGAAAUAAAAGUCAGAAUGAUUGCGGUUAAUGAUGGUGCUGCCAACACUGCAAACACCAAAAGCAUCCUGAUCCAACCCCUGGCCGGAGCUGCUCAGCAAGGAGAUGGAGCAAUGUAUGAAAGGGUUACAACUUAUAUGGAGGAUGAUGUUGAUGCAGUUCUGGAGGGAGUCAAUGCAGAGGGGAAUUAUGAGUGUGGAGUUUGUGAACUCAUGUUUGAGCAUGCCUGUCAGGUAUUGAGGCACUUUGAGGGAGCUCAUCCACUAUUCAGGUUCCCGAAAUGUGAAGUAUGUUCGAGGUACGCUUUAGAUCAAAAAGGGAUGGCGGACCACAAGCUGACUCAUGAGGAUGUCAAGAAGUACAAGUGCCCAGAAUGUGACCGCUAUUUCCGCACUAAGGCUUACCUGAAGCAGCAUGUUAUCAUACAUCAGACAAAUAAACCUUAUGUCUGUGGUGAGUGCGGUCAUGGGUUUUCCCAGAAGGGCAUUUAUCAGGAACAUUUGAGGCGCCAUCUUGGGGUCAAGCCAUUUAAGUGUGCCAUUUGCAAUAAGCAGUUUGUAUCAAAAUCAUUGCUCAAGAUCCAUAUGUACAGUCACACGUCAGAGAGGCCAUACAAGUGUCCAUAUUGUCCUAAAGGGUUUGCUGAGCGCUACGUUAUGCAGGUCCACAUGAGGCAACACGAGAACGACAGGCCUUUCCAAUGCACAGAAUGUUCAAAGAACUUUUGUGCCCGCCCCAAACUUGUUAGGCAUAUGAGCACAGUGCAUGGCAUUGAUAAAGAGGAACUCACAUCAUUUGUGCCAACUAAGGUCGGUGAAGGGGUCGGGUAUCGGGAUUCCAGGAAGCUGCAGCCAAUCAAGCCCGCCUUGCCACAGGAUGAAAGAAGAAAGACCAAGGUUGUGUACAUUGAUCAACAUGGGAUCGUUGUGAAGGAGGUACAGGAUGGACAUGAGAAAAUGUAUGCAGACACUGAGGCAGUGGAAGAGGAGUCGAAGACAACCGAGGCGGAUCUCAGUAACAUCCAGCUUGAGGUGGUCACUCAUCGGGACGCAGACGGCAACAUUCAGACUAUUCUGCCAGUUGGAAAUUACCAGAACCUGAUCUCUGGUAACGAGGAGGGUCUACCAGUUGUAUACCAGGAAGUGGAGUCCGAAGUGACCGGGGAGGAGGAGAUAGAGAUGGGCGGUCAGAGCUACACGCUGGUUGCAACAGAUGGGGAGUGGUUGACCAGCGAUGUUAUGCAGAAGCAGCUAAUCGCCCAGGGCAUUACAAGCAUACAAGAGAAUGGGGACACGGAGGAAGGGGGCAAGAUUCAGGUGAUCACCCAGGAGGUUGGAGAGCUGGAAGGGGCCGGAGAGGGGGGCAUGGUUGUCUCUCACCCUGGGGACGGUCAGGAGGGAGGGGUAGAAGGGGAAGUACAGAAGUUCAGCAUCAACAUCAGCGAAGAUGGGACAGUGAAUGCCGAAGAUCUGGAGGCUCUUAGGCACAUGUACAAUGACCAGCAGAUCGUUAUUGUUCUUGAAAAUCAGCAACAAGAGUGAAAAAGUCUUAAGGUAGAAUUAUCCUUCAAGAGGAUGGGACGGUGUAUGUAUCUCGUGUUAGAAUUCUCCUUAGGAAGGAAGGAAUGGUGAACUAAAUUUGAAUUGAAAUUAUCUUGAACAGGAUGGAACAGUGAAUAAAUAAGGAGAAGAGGAUUUUCCUGAGCUGGAUGGUACAGUGAAUUAAUCUCGAGUUAGAAUUCCCCUCCAGGAGGACGGAAUGAUUAACAUAUCUUUGAGUGAGAAUUAUCCUUCAAGAGCACAUGACAGUAAAUUUUGAUCGUGAAUUGUCCUUGCAGAGGACAAGAUGGUGAAUAAAUCGUGAGUUAGAAUUAUCUUAGCAGAGGACAGGCCGGUGAAUUAAACAGGAGUUAGAAUUGUACUUGCAGAGGACAGGCCGGUGAAUUAAACAGGAGUUAGAAUUGUCCUUGCAGAGGACAGGCUGGUGAAUUAAACAGAAGUUAGAAUUAUCCUUGAGGAAGACGACACUGUGAAUUCAAACAGUUAAGUGGCUCUCUUAGGAGCAUGUACAAUAACUGGCAGAUUGUUGUUGUCCAGUUCAGGACACAUGUUCAUCGUUAGAUUGUUUGAUUAUUGAAUAUGUUAAGACAUGUAAAUCUGUUAAAGGCUAUCUGCACAAUAUCUAAUAUUCUUUGAUCUUGUACAACUAUAGGUGUCAGUUGACACGUGUUGAUUGUUACUUGCUAUAAUGGCAGCAAGUUUAAUUUUGAUACUGCAUGGAAGUUUUGUUUGGUAUUUGUUACACAGUAUGCUGUUCUUCUUGUCAAUGGCAAUACACACAUUAGUCAAUGCUCUAAGUGAAAUAUAGCACACUGUUUGUGUGAUUUUAUGGCUGGAAUGAUUGAAAAUUAAAAUGAGCAUAAGCACUUUUUUGUACAUUGUGGAGUGGGUGUCGGGUCAAUUUUUGGUCAAACGUAUCUGGUCACAAACGUUAAAUAUCUUAUCAUGUUUUAGUUUACAACAACAAAGCAACGGUGUGUUGACAUGUAAAUGUCACAAAUUUUGCAGGAACUAAAUAUUUGAAAAAUUCGAACUUGGGUAUCUUUUUAACUUCUUGCAUAUUAAUUUUGCAAAUCAGCUUGUCUCUCCUUUUUGAAAUUGGACUUUAAAAGCAUGAGUUACUUAUAAAGAAAUUGUUCAUCAUAAUGACUAGCUUUACUUUAAUUAAAACUUUUGUGGAGACCGAAUUAUAUUAAAGUACUAGAACAUUGUGUAUUAUUCAGUAUUUUUCUUGAACAUAUUUUCAUAAGUGCGAGCAAUAAAUAUGUUAAAUCAUCUUU